AUGGAACAGAGUCAAGUGUACGGAUUUGUCCCAACUCAACAUAAUGACACAUAUCCUGCAAUUGAUCCCACGAAAUCUGACUACUCUGGCAAAAAUGUCCUAAUAACAGGUGCAUCUCGGGGCUUGGGCCGCGAAAUGGCUCUUUCUUAUGCGGAAGGGGGCGCCUCAGGGAUAGCGAUUCUUGAUAUCCUAGACUCUGCUCAUGUCGAACAAGACAUUGUGAAAAGCGCUAAGGCAGCCGGAAGAUCCUUGCCCAAGGUAGUGUGUCUGAAAGUAGACAUUACUAAUCUAGCCUCUGUGGAAAGCGCGCUCAAAGCAGUGGCCUCGGAGUUCGGAAGCCUGGAUAUUUUGGUCAACAAUGCUGGAUAUGGAUCGGUCUAUGUGCCAGUCCUUGAAUCUGAUCCUGAAAAAUGGUGGCGCAACUUCGAAGUGAAUGUCAAAGGAGUAUAUCUCAUGGUGAGAACCUUCUUACCGCUUAUUCUGAAAGGGCAGGACAAAACGAUCAUCGUCCUUUCCAGCAUCGGAGCACACCACGUUGUCGCAGGAGGAUCAGGAUACGAACCAACGAAACUCACCGUCUUGAAGUUCAACGAGUAUUUGAUGGCUGAGUACGGGUCUCAGGGCUUGUUGGUAUAUGCCAUAGCUCCUGGUGGUGUGCUCACCGAUAUGUCAUCCGAUGCUUUCCCUGCACAUCUUCAUCAUCUACUUCCGGACACGCCACGGUUAGUCGCAGAUACGUUGACUUUUUUGACAAGGGAGCGCAGAGAAUGGUUAGCAUCUAGAUACGUGGACUCUAAAUGGGACAUGGAAGAAUUUAUGGCUAAGAAGGAUGUGAUCGUCAAGGAGGACCUCCUCAAAGUCCGCUUGCGGGUGUGA